AUCGGCUUCGCAGCCUUGGCUAAUGCCGCUCGCCUCGUCGUCGUCGUCCCUCCCUCGCAGUUACUCCCCGAGCCGUCCAGCCUCCCAUCCUCUACGCACGCCGUAUUACUCGGCUCUCCUGGCGGCGCACGAUACGACAGCCUUCUUCGACGAGACAACACCUUCGUCUUCCCGGAGCUCGCACUCGACAGCUACCUGUUCACUAUCUACGCACGGGACUACAACUUCGCACCGCUACGAGUUGACGUUGCGACAAAUGCCUCUUCCACCGCCCUUUCCUCGGAGAAAUAUGAGUCGAGCACUGUGAUCACCGCCUGGCAGACGUUCCGAGGAAACCAAUGGUCGAAUAAAGGGCCAGAGCUGGAUUCUGCGAGGGAUACUCUUAUAAUCCGUGUUCAACCCUUGAGCGGAAAGGACUACUACCAACAGAGGGCUGGGUUCAGCAUCUUGAGCUUCUUGAAGAAUCCGAUGAUACUGAUGGGUCUAUUCUCGGUCGUAAUGAUCGUUGGUAUCCCUUAUGUCAUGGACAACUUGGACCCCGAAAUGAAGGCCGAGUUGGAGGAAAUGCAGAAGUCGGGCUCUUCUGCUUCGUCGGCUCAAGCCGCUGCAGAAUCUUUCCAAAACUUCGACCUUGCUGGAUGGAUGGCUGGCAAAAGUGCACCCGCCGCGCCAGCGAAA